UGCACGAUGGCGACUCAAGCUGUAGCCAAAUCACUCGCGCCUACUCCCAAGCUACCAGACCUCUCCGGUGAAACCAUCGUGGUUCAGGUUGGCAACGAAGUCAUUCACGUACAUGAAUGUCUGAUCAGCAGCAGUUCUGAGUUCUUCAAGAACGCGACAAAACCAGAAUGGAGGACCGAGUCUCGCCCGAUUGACCUAUCUGACGAGCAGCCCGACAUCUUCAAGAGAUACUGUCAAUGGCUGUACACCGGUUUCAUCGCCCCAGGCCCCCCAGGCCCCCCAGCAGAAAGCAGCUUCCGGUGUCUCGCGUACAUGUACGUCCUAGGAGAGAAGAUCAUCGAUUACGAAUUUCAGAAUGCAGUCAUCCAAGCCAUGAUGUCUGACAUAAGUCGAACAAACGUGGUGAAGGCGCGUUUAUUAGCGAGCGAAACUGGGAGCACUCCUCUGAGCUUUCUCAUCUACCACUCCCUUCAGUUUACAGACUUUACCGUCCCUAUAUCCAACGAGAUGUCGACAGCAACAGCCACCACUUGCAGCACUGCUGCAAUUGUUCUAGUGGCGCCACCCGAGAACUUUGAGAUGCCCAGCCUGAGAGAAGAUGUCGUGCCCAUUCAGCCUAUCGAUAUGUCCGACGUGGAGCUUACGAUUUUCGAGGCAUGUUGCGGAUGGCUGUACACCGGGAAGAUUGUACGUAGCAAGGAAGACGAUUGUUUCAGUCUCCUUGCUAAAUUAUACGUCCUGGGGGAAAAGCUGAUGGAUACUGACUUCAAAAGUGCCAUCAUCGCUGCCAUCAUGCGUUCAAAAAUUGACCGCAAGAUGUAUCCCUGCACUAGAGCGGUACAGAUCAUUUACGCCGGUACGCCUGGCAGGUCGCCAGCGCGACGUCUAAUGGUAGACUUCUGGGUGUUCAGUGCCGGACCAACAUGGAAUGGGCUUUCGGAUUUGAUCGAGGGAACCUGUCCUGAUUUCGUGAAUGAUCUCGCUCGCGAGCUCAUUGUGACACGAGACAGGCCUGACGACUUCGUACAGAGACCAUGGAUCGAGGAUCUUGGUUCAUACCGUGUUGAUAGCGAGACCAAGUAA